AGUCUCUCCGGGUUGCAUGUACUGUAUGUGGAGCAGUGUACAGUGAAGCGGAGGCAGAGCGGCACCGCGAGCUCCUCUCGACUUUCCCAUAGAGGAACCCUGACUGGCCGCUGAGGGCGAGCCACACACACGCCCUCGCGCCCGGCGAGCCCGCGAGGUCACUAUCAUAUGACAAAAGGCUUUGCCGCAGUUCAUCUUCCUCCCCCUGUACUUUCCAUUUGCCUUCCUGGAAUCCUGCUGCAUCACAGAAGCUGGAAAUUCUGAUAUUCCAUUAAAAUCACAAUGGAAAGUCUUGACUUGACCGGCGCCCUCAGGAAGACCCCAAGCCUCUAGCGGUACCUGGUAUCAUCUCCAGCAUGUAUAUAGAUGUGGAGGAUUCCCUGGGAUAUUGAGAAAUACCAGAGGCGCAUUGUUCUCCUGUAGUCACAGUAAUGAAAGGCAGUAAUAGAAAUAAAGAUCAUUCAGCAGAAGGAGAAAGGGCUGGAAAACGACCAAAACGAAAGUGUCUUCAGUGGCACCCACUGCUAGCAAAGAAACUGCUGGACUUUUCAGAAGAGGAGGAGGAGGAAGACGAAGAGGAGGAUAUUGAUAAGGUGCAACUUCUUGGGGCCGAUGGCCUAGAGCAAGAUGUUGUUGAGACUGAUGAUGAAUCAUCAGAACAGCGAGCCCGGAGACCAAUGAAUGCAUUUCUCUUGUUUUGCAAACGUCAUCGCUCCCUUGUACGUCAGGAACACCCCAGGCUUGAUAACCGAGGUGCUACCAAGAUACUGGCUGAUUGGUGGGCUGUGCUAGAUCCAAAGGAAAAGCAGAAAUAUACAGACAUGGCCAAGGAGUAUAAAGAUGCAUUUAUGAAAGCAAAUCCUGGCUACAAAUGGUGUCCUACCACAAACAAGCCUGUGAAAUCCCCAACACCUACUGUCAAUCCACGAAAGAAACUAUGGGCCUUCCCAUCUGACUCUUCGAGAGAUUUGCCAAGCCCCAAGAAAGCAAAGACUGAAGAAAUGCCUCAGCUAAACUUUGGAAUGGCUGAUCCUACUCAAAUGGGAGGCCUGAGCAUGCUGCUUUUAGCUGGAGAACAUGCUCUUGGAACACCAGAGAUAUCCUCUGGCACUUGUAGACAGGAUGUUUCAGAAUCCCCUGAAUUACGUCAGAAGUCCCCAUUAUUUCAGUUUGCUGAGAUAUCUUCAAGUUCAUCCCACCCUGAUACUCCUUCAAAACAGUGUCAAGCAUCAGCCUUGUUUCAGUUUGCAGAGAUUUCUUCGAACACUUCACAAUUGGGUGGUGCCGAGCCUGUGAAGCGCUGUGGGAAGUCCGCACUCUUUCAACUGGCAGAGAUGUGUCUGGCAUCAGAGGGGGUUAAAAUGGAGGACUCAAAACUAAUAAAGGCGAAAGAAUCAGAUGGUGGAAGAAUUAAAGAAUUGGAGAAGGGAAAGGAACAAAGAGAAAUAAAAAUGGAGAAAACAGAUGAAGCCAGGGUACAGAAGGAAGCAGAAUUUGAAAAAUCAGCUAAAGAAAACAUGAGAGAUUCGAAGGAACUAAGAAAUUUUGAGGAGCUGCGGAUGGAGGAUAUAAUGGAUAUAAAAAUGGAAGAUCCCAAAGAAAUUAAAAAGGAAGAACUAGAGGAAGAUCAACAAUGUAGUCACUUCCCUGAUUUUUCUUAUUCUGCCAGUAGCAAGAUCAUAAUAAGCGACGUUCCCAGUAGAAAGGAUCACAUGUGCCAUCCACAUGGAAUUAUGAUCAUUGAAGAUCCCACAGCAUUAAACAAACCAGAGAAGCUAAAAAAGAAAAAGAAGAAAAGCAAAAUGGAUCGCCAUGGAAAUGAUAAAUCCACACCCAAGAAGACCUGCAAAAAGAGGCAGUCUUCAGAGUCUGACAUCGAGAGUGUCAUCUACACCAUUGAAGCUGUUGCAAAGGGAGACUGGGGCAUUGAGAAACUUGGAGCAACUCCUCGCAAGAAGGUCCGCACAUCCUCAAGUGGCAAGGGAAGCAUUUUGGAUGCCAAGCCACCAAAGAAAAAAGUGAAAUCAAGAGAGAAGAAAAUGUCAAAGGAGAAAUCCUCAGACACCACCAAAGAGUCAAGACCUCCAGAUUUUAUUAGUAUUUCUGCCAGCAAGAACAUUUCUGGUGAGGUGCCAGAGGGUAUAAAAGCAGAACCAUUGACCCCCACAGAGGAGGUGUUACCACCCAGCCUGUCGGGACAGGCCAAGCCUGAGGACAGUGACUGUCACAGAAAAAUAGAGACUUGUGGCUCCCGGAAAUCUGAGCGGUCUUGCAAAGGUGCUCUUUAUAAAACCCUGGUGUCUGAAGGCAUGCUCACCUCUCUGCGAGCUAAUGUUGACAGAGGGAAACGUAGCUCAGGAAAAGGAAACUCUUCUGACCAUGAAGGGUGUUGGAAUGAAGAAAGCUGGACGUUUAACCAGAGUGGGACCAGUGGGAGCAAGAAGUUCAAGAAGACAAAGCCAAAGGAAGAUUCUCUCCUUGGCUCAGCAAAGCUGGAUGAAGAAUUUGAAAAAAAAUUCAACAGCCUCCCUCAAUAUAAUCCUGUUACAUUUGACCGGAAAUGCGUACCUGUCCCAAGGAAAAAGAAGAAGACUGGAAACAUGUCCUCAGAACCGACUAAAACCAGCAAAGGUCCUUUCCAGUCUCAGAAAAAGAACUUAUUCCACAAAAUUGUCAGCAAAUAUAAGCACAAAAAGGAGAAGCCUAAUGUUCCGGAAAAAGGAAGUGGGGAUAAAUGGUCCAACAAGCAGCUCUUCUUGGAUGCCAUUCACCCUACAGAAGCCAUAUUUUCAGAAGACAAAAACACCACAGAGCCUGCUCAUAAGGUUAAAAAUGCCCUAUCCAUUCCCAACACUCCAGAGCCAACAACAACGCAAGAACCCUUGGUGGGCAGCCAAAAGAGAAAAGCAAGGAAAACCAAGAUCACCCACCUUGUCAGGACAGCAGAUGGCCGGGUAUCACCAGCAGGAGGUACUUUGGAUGACAAACCAAAGGAACAACUGCAGAGGAGUCUCCCGAAAGUGACUGAGACAGGCUGCCAUGACGAAGGCUCCCAGAACCCUGAGGCCGCAGAGACGCGGAGCAGCACUCCAGAGAUGCCAGCCGUGUCUGCGUUCUUCAGUCUCGCCGCGCUGGCCGAAGUGGCCGCCAUGGAAAAUGUGCACAGGGGUCAGAGGUCCACUCCGCUCACCCAUGAUGGACAGCCAAAAGAAAUGCCACAGGCCCCUGUACUUAUUUCCUGCGCUGACCAGUGAAGCGCCUUUAAUUGUAAAACAUUGUGCUUUACCUACUACCCUAGCCCUGUCUGUACCGAGGGAUGCCAGUGAGUCCGUGUGGUGGGAAAUACAGACUGCAAACAAGUGCGCGUUGCCCUGCACGGCCCAGAUUCACUUGAAGCGGAAGUUAGCAUCCUGGGCCGCUGUGUGUUCUUUUGGAACCCAGAGUCUUUGAGGGUGAUGUUCUCUGUCUUGUCAGGAGCAGAAACGGGAUGAUCCUGGAGCUUUGCUUUCUAUUGAAGGCUUUUGACGGUAAUAGGUGGUAACUUGGUAAAAGGCUGCCUUUACUGUAGCUCAUCCAGCAUCUCUUUUACCAACCAGAGAGUGUGAAACUAGUUUCGUAUAUUAUCUAGUUAUUCUUUCAAAACAAAAACAAAAAACAAAACAAAACAAAAAAAAAACAACAAAAACUGACGCACUGCACUAGUUAUUAUUAGAUAUUCUUAGUCUUUUUUGUACAUGGAGAUUUAAGUUCUAAGAUGGUUUAUAUAAUAGGUUAUACCUACAUUUAUAUUGUAGAAUAAUAUUAAAAAGCCUGCUCCAGAGACCCCCAAGCAGCGCGGGCAGGUGGAUGUACCAUUGUUAGCGGUGUAUGCUCGGCCUCGUGGUCCAUAUAUAUUCUGCACUUUUAUAUUUGCCACCAGAGUGGUAGUUUGCUGGCAAAACAAGAAAAAAGAAAGAGAGAGAGAAAAAAAAAUUUAGAAUUCUUACAAGCUGAAUUUUUUUCCUCCUUGAGUGACCAAGAAGCAUUUGCUUGGGGCACAUUGUGGCAAAUAUUUUCCCAGGCAGGGGAAGAGUCCUGCAGAUUACAGAUUACCGAUGUUUUCAUGCCUUGAGGAUUCUUUUAUUUUUACACAGGGGUCUAAGUGACCAACGGAUCGUUCAGACAAACAAAAGAAAAAUAUUAUUCAGAAGUGACCUUAGUAUUACUUCACUAUUCUGAACACAUUGAAGACAUUCACUUCAUGUGGACUUUGAGCUACAGACCUUUUCCAUCCAUCCCAGACAGACUGGACGGGUAGCAACUGCUAUGCACAGCCUGAUUGCCACUGCGGGGUUCUAGAGCCAUUUUGAGUUGUGUGGUGUGAAGGAGGUAUGGAAUAAACGAUGAGGGAGGUAUGCCUGACCAGGGUGGGAGUCUUAGUCAUGGAGCCACCUGCAGUUUGUUUCCUUUUUGUGUUCUGUUGCUUUUGAACAUAAAACCAACCUUGUGUAUGCCAGUGCCAAGUGGAUUACCUGGCUUAUUAGAACAUUCGACAUAUUGACUUAACCACCUGACAUUCACAGUGUCUUGUUUCCUAGCAACACAUGCAAAGUGAUAAAUCAGAAUUAGUCGGAGGCUACCGAUUUUACAGGGUAUUUGUUCCAUAGCACAAAGUGUAUCCCCACUCUUGCAUCGCAGCACAAACUACCAAAUUUUAAUGAUUGGAUUCCAGCAAUAAUUUUUAUUGGUUUUCAAACAGGCGGAAUUUUGAUAGCGUUAGUUCGAGUUUGAAGCUUUUGAAUUAGAUCUCUACAUGGUGACAGUUUACAAGGUUUUAUCUAGCUUUCUUAUUUAUACUUGACUCAAUUGUAAUGAUGACUUUUUUUUUUCCUAAUCGUAAUUUGACCUAAUAGCCAUACAAAAAAAUGACUCUAUUAGUACCAACUAGGUUUAGCUUUUCAUAGUUGUAGAUAUUACUUCAGUUUCGGUGCUGGAAAAUAUGUACAACAUACUAACAGAAUUGAAAAAGAAUAUAGGGAUUUGUUUGGUUUGUUGUUUUUUGGUUUUUUUUUCUUCAAAGCAGGUAAAGAGGGCAGCAGAGCAUUGGAACGGUGUCCUCAAAAAUGCAUAAUCAUUGUGGGCAUGGAGGAAGAAGGAAUUAGUAAUCUAGGUUAGUCAGAGGUUAAAACUUAACCCCAUUCACAUAGAAAUAAAUCAGGUAAGCAGCCCCAGGUUUUAGUGUAAUAUUUUUACUAUGAUGCUGUUUUAUUAAUAUUUUCUAAACUUCAAAACACAAAGUGAAUGUUUGAAAAUUGCUGGGUCCCAAUGUUGGUGGCUGUUGGAGUUUUUGGACCACUUGCUAGCAGUGAUUUAAAAAUUAUAAUUAGCUAAAAAUCCAAAAAAAAAAAAAAAAAGGUAAAAGAAACCAACAACAAAAAUUGUUUGGUGCAGAACAUGCACCUUGACAAUGGUACUAACUUGUUAUUCUAUAGAACACGUUAGAAUAGAUCUAUUUUUGCCAGAGCACCCUCCUUCAGUCCUCCAAUGACAUUUCACUAGAUUUCCUUAAGAGAUUGCUGUAUAUUCAUGGGACCUUUUUUAAAAAGAAGCAAAACAAAAGAUUACUUUUUUCUAUGUGAUUAAUAUCUUACUUGAUCUGCUUUUCCUAAACCUCAGUGGCUUUUCCCUUAGGCAGGGGUGGGGUGGGAGGGCAAUCUACUGGAUAUGACUGUUUUCAGAUACUUUAAAAAAAAAAAAAAAAAAAAAAAACCUUUUUGUAGAGAUGCUUAAUUUUUAAGCGGUUAGGCACUGAGAGUAGCAGAAAUCCUGCAAAGCUUUAUAGUCCUUUAGACACUCGCCUUGUUGUUCUCUGAGUGAAGUCUUGAUUUCAAUAAUAGUGCUUUUCUCAUGCCCUGAAUCCGCUGGAGAAGGGUGUUGGUAUUUUCAGGUAACAACAUUUGUUAGCACAAAUAUUUCAGACCAACCUGUAGUGCCCCCCACCCAUCUAUCAUUUUCAUUUCAUUUCUGUCAUCCUUUUAUAUUUUGGAAAAUCAUAUUGCUAUGGUGUGUACCUUAAUCUGCCAGCAAACACCAUCGACACUAACAUUUGUCCCACAAGCAUCCUCAAGAGAAAAAGUUGUUGCACCUUAUGUAUAUCUCAAGCAAACCAAAAUAUGAUGCUUUUCUGCUUUGUUUUAUUCUAAAUUGUUGUAUCAUAUCUUUCUGAAAAACCAUUCUGAAUCUAGUUGAAAUUAUCGAUAUUUAUGCUUUUAACCUUAAUUUCUGGAUUCAAACCUGUAUAUAAAUCUUUUGAAAAAAAUCGUCCUAGCCCUUCUCUGUGAUGCCGAAGUGGAUGAUUUCGUCUCAGAUGGAGACACAGUACUGUUCCAGUUUCUUUAGCCUUUUAUUUAUUUAGUUGUUCUGGGUAUUUUCCUAUGUAAUUUUGAAGUGUGUAGAGUAUAUUAUAGUAACUGAAGCUGCAGCUCUACGAAGCUGAAAGAAAAAAAUACUGUAAGACAUCCUUCUGAAGUUUUUACUUGUUUGGAUAACUGUAAUGAGAUCAGGAAAAGGAAAAAUGUCCCACAGCCACAUUGCUGAUAUAGGUUCUUAUCCCCAAAUUAGGUUAGUUCCCAGAUUUUAGAUCAAAAUGUAAUUCAUCAAAGCCCUUUUGUAAGGAUAAAUCAUACUGUUGUAAUUCUGACAGUCCCCCCACCCCCAUCCCCCCCUCAAAUACCAGAACUGCAUUCACUGAAUUCUGUCAGAUGAGCUUUCUACCAAUGUGCUGAAAUCAUUCCCACAUUAUCCCUGAUUCUAGUUCCGGCCAUUAAACUGCUGGGGUCGGAGGGUGGGGGGACGCGGUGGAACACUCUGAACACAAAGGAGCAUCUGAACUGGUCUGGUUAUUUAUAUUCUGACGUGUAUUCCCCAUCACUUUCUUAUCCAGUCAGAUGCUAAUCUGCCUCAGUCCUAGAAAAUUUUGUUUGCACUCCGCAGUCUUGGGCUCAUCGUGUGGAAAAGUUUGCACCUCUGUAAAAUCUCCAGCAAAUUAUAAAUUGAUACAGAACCGGGAGUAAGCCAGAAACGGAAUGACAUGUUUGGCUCCUACAGUGUAGGGGUGAGGGGGGGAGGGAAGGAGGGUAUCCGGUAACUCUGUCCCACGUUUGGCGUUGGCAUUAAUGUGAAGCAGUGGGAUCGUGCUGCCUGCUGAACUACUGUAUGCAUCCCAAGCGUUCUGGAGUCCGGUGGCCGGCAUCCGCAUGGCGGAGAGGAAGCACCACCGCCUCGCUGGGGAGAAGGAAGACUUCCUGCAAGGCCUGGAACCGCCCCUCCGUAAAGGGAGAGUCGGGGUGUCCGCGAUGCUGUUGAGGAAGACUCACCUUUGUUGCACUGCUCCCUAGAGCCCUCACAUGAGGCCAACCCUAACGGGCUACCUCGGCUUUACAAGUUCGUUUCAGUAAGGCCUGUUAGCGAGCUUUGUCCUUUCUUGCGCCUCCCUUCAGUGCCACUGUUUCCCGCUGCAGUGUUGUGACUCCCCAGACCACCUUCUCCAGAGAGAAUAAUGUAUUGCUGAAAAUGGGCAGUAGAAGCAAAUGUCGUUCCUAUAUCGGACCUAUAAAGUAUUCAGAGUGAUGGGACUGCUAGGCGGAAAUUAAAUUUUAGCUUUCCCCACAUAGGACCUUGUUUUGCACCUUACAAAGAGAGUACUAAUUGUUAAUUAGCUUUUGCUUUUAUUUAUACAAGCAUUCCCAAAGAACUAGAUUCGGAUUUUGUUUUUAUUUGAGUUUUGGGAUUUUUUUUUUAAAUUAUCUUAUUUAGGUUGACUAACAUCGCACUUAUAAUAAGAAACAGUUGUUCAGUUUAUCUUGCCAGAUAUGUCUGGUGAAGUAUUCAGGGUUUGAUGGACUGCUUUGCUUUAGUGUGGAAGUGAUAGCUAAGUUUAUUAUAGUCCAUAUUAAAUCACCUUGUCCUUUUCACUGGGGACAUUAUUUUCUUUACAUCUCAGAUGAAAGUAGUGACAAAGUAGUGAAUAACAAGACAAAUCUGUUUGACUCCCUGAUACACCUCCAUCUGUUUGUGCUAUGCUUUCCUUAAAAAAUGGAAGUAUGCAUUUUCUUCACACCCGAAAGAGAACUUCCUCUCCUAGCCAAAUUUUAUUUGUGGUGGUAGGAUUUAUGCUAAUAAAGUAAAAGAGGAAACCUUGUAUUAAGUUCUGUGACCACUAUUUCCUUGUUGCAGUCCGUGGUCAAAAUUGAUCCUACCCUCAACUCGAUUUUCAUGCACAGAACUAGUUAUCAUGAGAAUUACUACUCCUUCCAAAGAUCGCCCGACACCUUGGGCCAGAACCAGUUACUGAGGUAACAAGGACCUAAUUCAAUGCCUCCAAACCCUCCCACUCGCACGGCAAAUCAUACCUCACAGGCUCUAACCUGAAUCACAGAGGCACGUGGGUUUCUCAAACUAACACUGCUGUCCCUUCGCAGCCCCUAGGGGCUGGCUCAUGUCCCCUGACGCCUCACGUUAGUGCCUCGGCUGUGAGAGCAGCAGAACUCGGGGUGGGGCGGGUUUGUGACCUGGAGCUCAGCACAUGCUCAGCAACGUUCUUCUCAUUUCCUUCGCACUAAACCAGUCUCUUGCUCUCAGGAAUUUGUCCAAAAAAAGAAUAAAAACCACCUGAGAUUCCAUGUACCGGAUUAUGAACUUUUCUCAUAGGUUUGAAUUGCUUACUUACAUGUCAUAAAUUAACCAUAGCUUCAUUUGACCACCGGGUCUUAAGUCUGUUGACAGUUUCAGCAUGACUGAAUCGCUCAUUUUUUUUUUUUUUUUUUUUUUUGCUUUCAGAAAUUGGCUUGGUUCUCUUUAGAGUUGGUGUAAACAUGCCAUGUAAUAAAUGAUUUCCACUUAAUGGUACAACAGAA